AUGCUGCAGGAGGAGGCGGGUGUGUCGCUGACCAUCGCCCAGCUGGUGCAGAAGCUGACGGGGUCCCGCCUGCAGGCCCAGCUGCAGCGCCAGGCCACGGAGAGUCUUCACCUGCCUGAAAUUAAACUUGAGUCUCUAAAGGAAGAUAUUAAGGCAUUCUUAAAAGCGUCAGGUUGGGAGAAGAAACUUCAGAAUGCCGUUUACAGUCACCUGAGCGUGUUCCCUUCACCUUGCCACCCUGCAGCCCCACCAGAACAUCUAAAAGAACCUUUGGCCUACAUGAGGAAAGCCCAGGCAAGUUGGGAGAAAAGAAUUCUGAAGAGCCUGAACAGCAUGUGUACUGAACUAAGUAUCCCACUAGCCCAGAAGAGACCAGUUGCAGAGCAGAAAGAGCUUCUUAGUAAAUGGAAUGAAAUGGGGACAGAUGAACCAGGCUAUUUAACUGCAGGUGCUAAUGCAGAUUUAAGCCAUUUUAGACCCGUUUAUGCUCCUAAAGAUUUUCUUGAGGUACUAAUGAAUCUACGCAACCCAAAUUAUGAAAAUGGUGAUCAGCCUAGUUUCAGAACUCAUUUGGGUUUAAUCCAAGUGCCACUAAAAGUCAAAGACAUCCCUGAAUUGAAAGAGUUCUUCAUUGAGCUAGGUUUGAAUACUGGACAGCUGGGCAUUGAUGAUUCAACACAAGUGCCUCCUGAACUUUUUGAAAACGAGCAUGUACGUGUUGGGCAGAAAGUUUUAACAGAACAAGAUAGUGCUGCCGCUCAACAGUAUAUCCGGCAAGGAAGCCCUACAGCACUAAGAGCGGAGUUGUGGGCCCUCAUUUUAAAUGUUUCCAGUCAACCCGAGGACAUUUUAUAUUAUGAGCAACUCAAGUCCAAUGUGAUUCAACAUGACCUUCUGGUAGAUAGCUUAAUUUAUAAGGAUGUUAAGCUGACAGCCAGCAAUGAUGAUUACUAUUUUGUCUUUGAAGAUUAUUUAUACCAGGUGUUACUCUGUUUCUCCCGGGACACAUCCGUUUUGGAUCAUUUUGCUUACAACAGCGCUUCCCCACCCAAAUCGUACAUAAAAGGAAAACUUGGAAUGGAAGAGUAUGCUGUCUUUUAUCCACCGAAUGGUGUAAUCCCUUUCCAUGGAUUUUCAAUGUACGUUGCUCCACUUUGUUUUCUGUACCAUGAACCUUCCAAACUGUAUCAGAUCUUCCGUGAGAUGUAUGUGCGUUUUUUCUUCAGACUCCAUUCCAUCUCGUCUCAUCCUUCUGGUGUUGUGUCCCUGUGCCUGCUGUUUGAGACUCUGCUUCAAACUCAUCUUCCUCAACUCUUCUAUCACCUGCGGGAAAUUGGCGCUCAGCCACUCCGCAUAUCGUUUAAAUGGAUGGUGCGGGCAUUCUCUGGCUACCUCGCCACGGACCAGCUCCUGCUCUUGUGGGAUAGGAUCCUAGGCUACAACUCUCUGGAAAUCCUUGCAGUCCUGGCAGCUGCUGUGUUUGCUUUCCGAGCGGUCAACCUGAUGGAGGUGACAUCACUGGCUGCAGCUGAAGCUGUACUCGCCGACCUUUCCACUCUGAAAGUUAUGCCUCUUCUUCAGAUUUUUUUAUUCGCUACGGUCACUUGAGCUCCAAGGUCACCGGCACGGCACCACGCACCUGGCUUCCGUUAGAAAUCAUCAUGAGCUGUGCGACCUCUGCACCGAAGCGAAAUUAAACUGUCACUAA